AUGAACAGUUCACCUCACGAUUAUGUACCUCAUUGCUCACCAACAGAACAGAUGCCGAGUACGAUGCAAGCAGUUGCUGAGAAUCGUCAUUUCAAUGUAGGCGCGAUGGUUUCCCCGAAAUCGGGUCCCGGUAGGCCUUCCGUCCCUCAACCUUUGUUCAAUACUAGCGGUAGUACAACACGUCUUCCCCCAACACAGGCCCAACCAGUUCCCCCUUCAUCACAAAUGCCUCAACGUUCUGCUCAGGCGUCUCUUUCCGGUCCACUUCCUCAUCAUUAUCAACAGCAGGAACAACUUGCUUCAACUGGAAACGCUGAUAUUUCUUCAACUGGUCCUUCUAGUGCUACAAAUGCGAUGUUCCGUGUACAGAUGUGGUCUAACAAUUUCGAUAGUGGCGUUCAUUCUAUGAAUCAUAGUUCGGCACCAUCAGUGCUAUCAGUCAAUUCCCUACGUGCUGGAUCGCAAAUUUCGACUAUGUCCGAUGAUGCACAUUCACGGAUUGAGUUAACUGAUCAGCAGCAAAUAAAAUUCGAAAAUAUACCGUCAGAUCUAGGACGUGGGUCACAGGAUGGUGAAACACGGAAUGCAGUUCCAGAGCUCAUACAUUUACUUAGUGACGCUGAUGAGGUGGUAGUACAGCGUGCAGCUACUACGAUACAAACAAUUGCUAAGAUUGAUUCCGAAGAACCUCUGUAUGCAGAACCUUAUUUACGAGCAGCUGAAGUCAUAACUGCUCUGAAAGAUCUGUUGAGAACAAAGUCAAAUAAACCAGCCAUCAUUAAACCAACGCUUGGUGCUUUAUUUCAUAUUUCUGAACGUCGUGAUGGUCUUGAAAGUAUUUUAAAAAUAAAUGAUCAAACAAAGGGGUCAUUGUUGGUCGAUAUUAUUCAGCAUAUUAAAUUUACCGGUGGUUCAGCCUUACGCUACGCGAUUUUAACAUUUCAUACGAUCAUUGCUGUGAAAUCGGCUGAUGGAAAUAAUGUCGAAGUGGCUCGAGCUAAUGGUGCCCUUCAGGCUCUGGUUCAGUUUCUCGAUCGUGAAAGCAAUGAAAAGCUUCUUUCAGUAAUUGUUGAAUGUGUGCGUUUGCUUUGUGAUAAAAGUCAGUCGCAAAGGGCACUGUUUCUGCAGUUAAAUGGCCCAUCCAAAUUGCUUCACAUAUUGCGUGUGUUACGCUAUGAAGGUUUACUCUGGAGGACUACUCAGCUUUUAAAAAUUUUUUCCAAUGCGGAUCCUCAAACAAUAGUGAAGUGUGGUGGCUAUGAUGUCUUGCAUAAACAGCUGGAACAUGCCAGUCAGCGGCUAAUUAUUUCAACUUUGGAAUGUAUCAGGAAUAUGUCUGACGUACCCACCAAAGAUAUGGAUGUAUCAUCGCUUCUUAAUAAGCUUUUGCAACUUUUGGGUGCGAUGGAUCCAAUUGUUAUUUUGUAUUGCACCGGAAUUUUAUCGAAUUUAUUGGCCAAUAACCAGAUGAACAAGGAAUUUUUAUUCAGUCGAGGAGCAAUACCAACUUUGUAUCGUGUUUUGAUUAGUUCAUAUAGUAUACCAGCAAGCACUCCAAAUCAGCAGCAAAGAGUGGAAGAUAUACAGGAACGUGCGUUAGCAACAUUACGUCACCUGUGUGUCGGAUAUACUCAUCAAGUUGAAGCACAGAAAGCUGUCCUUCAACAACAGUAUGCCGCCGAUUUUUUGCUUCGGAAACUUACUGAAAUGAGGCCUUCUAUACUGAAACAGACACUUCAGAUACUGAAUAAAGCAGCUUUGCAAGAUACAAAUCUUCCUUUGUUUCGUGAAAUUCGUCUGAAACAAACACCCGAUUGCGAGACAAAUUUUGUGGAACGUAUUAUAUUGAUUCUAAAGGUCGCAUGUGACCAAUUACCAUCGACAAAAAUGGUUGAGGAAGUGCGCGUUGCAGAUCUUAUUCAGCUAUCAUUGUCCACUCUUCAGCUUCUGUGCCGUGAUUCACUUCUUCUGAAUCAGAUAUCAUUUUGCCUUAGAAGAGCUGAUUUCCUAAUGUUUCGCGGUCGAGAUGGUGAUUGUGCGGCAUUGCUACCAGUCUUUUGCUUAUAUCAAAGUUAUGUGAAGGAUGAAAAUUUGGAUAGGAGUGCACUCGGUCUUAUAUAUGAACUUUCUUCGCAUCCAGAAUUGGCUGCAUUAUAUGCUGCAGACAGUGGCUUGAUGGCAGCUUUACAUCAUUAUUCACAAAGUCGAAACCAACCUUUUGCUACGUAUGCCAAGCAGGCUUAUGAACGCAGUGUACAAGGCGGGAAUCCAUCCAUUCUUUAUCAAAAUUUCCCCUUGCCACCUUCAUCUCAUCGUUUGGUGUUGCAUUCGGCGCAACCCGGUGGACAGCCGAGUGUACCGUACAAUGGUUAUUCUUCCCAACAAAUUCAAUAUCCUCAACAGACCUAUGAGACCAAUAAUUCCUACAGUACUAUGUCGCCUCCAUCUGGAUCAAUGGCACUUCACUAUCCCUCCCUACCACAACAACAAGCUCAAUUAUCAACUCCUGCAUCUUUAACUUCAUAUCCUAACUUGGAAGCUCCUGGUGUUCACGUUCAAUCUCAGACUUUGUCAGCUCCUCAGCACCAAGUACCUUCUGAUAAUCAAGCAGGUCCCGUUAUGUAUGGACGUGAAGGUCCAUCACAAAACGCCGCUAACACGUCCAAUAACAUGGAAUAUUCUUCGGGAGAAGUGUGGCCUGAGGAUCUUUCUGGACUUUCAAUAAAUGACGAUCCAUUUGCAACAAUGUUUACACAGCAGUUCGAUUUACCUCAGCAAAGACAUCACUUGCGAUCCGCAUAUCCUUCUGCUCGAGGAGAGCAUAAUGGAGGCUCGUUAAAUGCUUACUGUUGUACUGGACCACCGAAUGUUAACAGUACCGAUCAACCGAUGGAAAGCGUCCAUAUGGGCAGUCCCGAUGCUCCGUCUUCUUGGAACGAUCCAACACAUAACAGCAAUUUCGGUGAUUUCCAAAUGUAG